AUGAUAAAAUUUAUUGUAUUUAGUGCUUUAGUUGUCCUUAUCGAUGGGGAAUUGAAAUCGAAUAUUUUAUGUCUAGGUCGAAAUACAACUAGUAAAUCUAUUAUUGAUUAUUGUUUAUCUCAAAAUGGUAGAUUAGAAUCUCGAUGUUGUCUUUCAUCAAAUUUAACUCAGAUUUUGGCUAUUGAUUUAACUGAUAUGAAUUUAAAUAAAGUACCUAAUUUCAGUGAAUAUAACGAUUUAAUAACUGUAAAUAUGAUUGAUCUUCGAAUAAAUCCUCAAUUAAAAUCUUCUGAAGAUGAUGAUUUUCUUCGUAUGCAAUCACUUAAUUAUCUUUUCUUACCUAAACAAGUUCAAUGUCCUGGUAAUGAAAGUGUUUGGAAAAUAAUUAAUCAAACAAUCGAUCCAACAGGCAUUGCUUGUAUCGAACAAAAAGAUUUUUGUCUAAAUUCGACAUAUAUUUGUCCUGCAUUAAAUUCAUAUUGUGUUACAAAUGGACCAAAUCAUUAUUUAUGUUUAUGUAAAGAUGGUUAUCAUGGUUAUAAAUGUUUAAGACACGGAGAAUUUCCAAAAUUAGCAUUUUUCGGUAUAACUGUAGUUAUUACUAUAGUUUUAAGUACUUUUUUCUAUUUAACACAACGACGAAAUAUUAAAAAGGAUUAG